UGGAAAAUGACAACGAUACUUUGACCAAAAUGAUCACUCAAGAUUUUGUAUAGUCAUAACAAAGUUCAUAACUAAAGGAUAACGAUACUUUGACCGUGGACUGGUACAACAAUAACUAAGCCGCGUAAACAAGUCUUCCAACUCCUUGUUACUUCCUCCGUCCGAAAAUACUUGUCCUAAAAAUGGUUGAAAAUGGAUGUAUCUAUAACUAAAUUAAGUCUAGAUACAACCAUUUCUAGGACAAGUAUUUCCGGAUGGAGGGAAUACCUUCCAGUCCCCUACUACUACUAGAGUGCAAGAGCAAGAAGAUGGAUCCAUUUCACGUCCAUGCUGAUGCAACUGCCAUGUUCGGCUCAGCUAUGCUUCUGCUCACCCUCACCCUCCUUUCUAGCACGACCACUAGUGCCAAAAAUCUGUCGUCCUGCAAGCCGGCCUUGUGCGGGGACCUGCGCAUCGCGUACCCCUUCUGGCUCAACGGCACACACCUGCCAGAGUGCGGCUACAGCGCUUUUCAGGUCAGGUGCGUAGAUGGCAGGGCAUACCUCCAGCCGUACCAGAUCUUCGACAUCUCCUACGAAGACAACUCAUUCCGGGCCAUCAACACCGACAUCUCCUCCUACGGCAUUUGUGACACCGAGCUCAACAUUAAUGCCUCCUCCGACCUCCGCCUCACGCCCUUCCGCAUUAGCGCGACCAACCAGGAGCUAUUCUUCCUCAACAACUGCGCCGAGCUCCGGUCACAGCCGCCACCACCUGCGUGGGCGCCUGUCAACUGCUCGGAUGGAUUCACCUUGCCGACGUCCAACUCGUUCACAUGGCUUGCCGGAGCGUACAAGCCCAAAUACCAUUGGAGUCCGGUGCCAGGGGGCUGCAGGGUGUCCAUGAUGCCGGUGCUGGGGUACGAGGGCGCGUCCGGGGCAGACUACGGGCGGCUGAUGCAGAGCGGGUUUCGUCUGGAGUACAUGGUGGGUGACUGCAAGGCGUGCGAGGAGAGCGGAGGGCUUUGCCUGAUUAAUAAGACCAACGAUAUCUUCGAGUGCCACUGCACAGACCGCGUGUCUCCGUCCAACAUCUGUGGUAAGCUUCGCACGUAUAAUAGCGACAGUGGGUUUGACCUGUGCAAAAACGAUGCAUCGGUUUUAGUUCAGUUUUGACAAGAUUAGUAAGUUAUUUUUUUAUCUGAAAAUAAGCAGGUUCUGUUACAGAGGAGAUUUACAGGAGAAGUGAACA